GUUGGGUAUAUAGACUUCUAAGCAACCACAUAUAACAAUCUUUAUAUGAUGAAUGUUCUUGUAUGCAUAUUACAAUUCUCUGUUUAAAAUAUGAAAGAUUUGAUGCUGCUAAUUUUUUAAGGCCACUCUGUUUCUCCACUGACCUUUAUAUGUGUAUACCCCUGCAGUACACAACAGCAAUUUGUUUCAUUAGUGUUCUAGCUAGCAUCAUAUCGAAGUUCUUUUUUCUUUAUCACCAAAAGAAGAAUUAAUGGGUGUGGAUAUACAAGGCAAGCUCCGUUUAGCACUUGGCUCAAUGAAAGAUCAUGCUUCUAUUGGCAAGGCCAUGAUCUACCAUUACCAACAUGAUGGCUUUUCCGGCAUAGAGAUCGCGGUCCUGCGCGCCACCGGCCAUGAUAACAGCACCAUAGAUGACAAAUACAUGCAUGAAAUCCUCUUCCUGGUAUCCAACUCUCCAGGGUCCAUUCCUUUUCUCGCUGAGAGGCUUUCGCGCCGCCUCGGCAAAACCAAGGAUCAUCUUGUGGCCCUCAAGACCCUUGUCCUGAUUCACCGCCUUCUUCGAGGAGGAAACAGGUCCUUUGAGCAAGAGCUAUGCAGAGCACAUGUCUCUGGCCAUCUUCAAAUCAGCAUAAGGUGUGUCACAAUCACAAAGAACAAUUCAGAACCCUUUGGUAAUUUCCUACAAAAAUAUGCAGCUUAUCUUGAAGAGAGGAUGAGUUGGCUAAUCAAUCAAGCUGGGAAACUUGAACCUCUCAUGUCCAAAGGGUUAGAAUUUAGGCGCUACGACGAGAAAUCCUUCGACUUGGCAUUUAGAACAUUGCCAAAGUGCCAAGUUCUGAUUGAUAGGGUGUUGGAAUGCUCCCCACAUGAUGUUUUGCACUCAGAUUAUCAUGGCCUGGCUCAAGCUGCAAUGAGAAACACCUUGAGGGAGAGCUUCCAAGUUUACAUGACAUUUUCUGAAGGCCUUGCAGCUCUUGUGAACAUGUUCUUUGAUCUUGCAGAAUCAGCUAGAGGCCAAGGGUGUGAAAUACUCAAGAAAGCUUCACUGCAGAGCCAGAAGCUUUAUGAUCUGUAUGAAACUUGCAAAAAAGUGGUUGAAAACAGGAACUUGGAAUACCCUUCUGUUCAGAUUAUCAGUAUGAAUCACAUAGAGGCAUUAAAUCAAAUAGGUUGUUCGCAAAAUCAUCUUACAGCUUCAAAGUCACCACCCAUUUCAGGCCGCUUCAAAAAAUCAGCAGAAAUAGAAUUGGCAGUGGAAGCAAAGGAUAGCAUAAAGAAUGAAGAGAAAAUUGAAAUUAAUUUGUCAUCAACCCCAAGUUUUUUAUCAUGGACAUUAGAGACUAAAAUAAGCAAGGUAUGGGUUGUAUUUGAAGAUGAAGUUGCAAAUGAACCACAUGUCCUUUCAGCAAAACAAAAGCUUGAGGUUGAAGGUGUUGAUGCUGUUAGUGACUUAGAAAGUGAAUAUGGUAGGUCAAGUGUAUUCCUGAAUCCAUUUUCAUCUAGUAUUCAUACAAGCAUGUCAUCAAAGGUAUGAGCCUGCUUAAUCAACUAAGUUGGAUGAGUUAUUCAGUAUGGUUUUGGUAAACUAAAUAACACUAUCAAUCACACUUUAAUUUUGCUGUUCUUAGCCAUUUAAAUGGAAUGGAAGAGUACAUGGUGGUACAACUUCUGCAUACUUCAAAAAGAACUGUAAUCUGUGACUAAAUGCUAUUAUGAGAAACAUAGGGAAAAGAAUAUGUAGAAGAGACACAAAAAUAAUAGGUUAUAUUCAGCUAUGUAUUAUUUUUUUUUAAUUUUAAGUAUUUUCUGUAGGUAAAUAAAGUUAUAGAGAGAAAAUUAUAAUCUAGUCUUCUCU